UGUCAAGCACUCGCGUCCCAUCGUCGCCCAGGCCCGGUGGUGAAAAAGUUUGGUCAAGGUCGCAAGACAAAAAUGUGUGCAGACCACAUCCCGCUGGACCUGCUCUCUUCUCUCACCCCGGCCCGGGCAAAGAUGGUGGUGACACAGCGACCAUGCGUUUGUUAUCACUCUCAACACGGCGUUCAUGCGCAGUACAUUAGUUUGCAGCAAGUCUUCAUACGUAUUUUAACAUCGUGUACAGCCCUUUUGUUAAUCCACUCUUGGAGAAGGGUCUCUGUACACACUGUGCAGACUGUGGGUGUGAUUUGACCGUCUGGUCAGUGAGGGAAUAGUAAUGACAUGGGAGUGUAGAAUUAUAGGACAACAAUGGCUUCUGCUGCAAUGUCAUCUGCUACCCACUACAGAGCAGCCUCUGGUCAAGCCUGGCAGGCAUCUAUCCAAGCACUAGUCAGGCUGCGGCCUGCUUAACUUUGGAGAUAUACAGUAUGCAUGUGUAUGGAAGUCUAUGCAUAUACCAAAUCUGCACCCUGUGGAGCAGAUAUAUAUGUCUAUAUGAACAUGUCUGGAAAUGAAUGCUUAUGUGUGUGUACGCAGACGCGUUCGCAUACAUCACGCGCCUCCGACAAAGUAUGGCAUUAUCCGCAGCAACGGAGCAAGUUUACACAUCUCACAGAUCAACCUGUGUGUCUGACGGGAGCAGGGAGAGAUUUGGCGUUCCUUGAAGAUGUGGGAGACGCUUGCGUCCGCAAAGUGGAGGGAGAGGUGGCCCAGCCAAAGGAAGUGCUUUCAGAAACCUUCAUCCCCGAGGAGUUCCACAUCAUUCAGAACCAUGGCGUUGUAGGCCUGCAGCUUAAAGACUCGAAAUACACCACAUAUCUAGAAGACGAUGAGAAAAAUAUGCGAACUUUUCCAUCGAUGCGUCCGAUGGCACGCAAUGAGGUAGUGGAGCUGACUCGCGUGCUGGAUACGUGGCUGGAAAAGCUGGGACCCAUGGAGAUAGAAGGUCCCACACUUAUUCACUCCUUGCUGCAGCUGGUGCAACAGGAACAAUGCAUAUACAAUGCGGUUUUCCACGAGGUCAUCCGGCAGGUCAGCGUGCAGUGCACGGAGAGGGGACAGCUGCUGGCCAAACUGAGGGAGCGAUACUCGUCCCUUCUGAGCCGCGUGCCAGUGCUGGUUGCCGGGCUGCACGGGGAUGUCCUGGCAACCAGAGCCCAGCACCGCCGCCUCAUGGAGCAGCUCACAGCCUUCCAGACGUCUGUCAACCGGAUGGCCAGCGAGCUGAGCUCUGUGCGAGAACGGGACGGCCAGGUGAGCACACAGGCCCAGAGGGAGAGAGAAGACCUCAAACGUGUGCUGGACGAAAGCAGACAGAACGCCAACCUGCUGGAGGAGUACCACAGUGUGUAUGGCCUGCACCGACACCGGCUGGAAAGCAGCAUGGGUGUCUUGCAGCGAGAGAGGGAUGGCUGGGCCUCCGCUGCGCUGGCUCUGGCAUCCCAGCUGACGGAGGAGCGUUCCAUCGUGACUGCGCGCCGCCUGCGUGGACACUCUCAAGCCUGGGCCAACGUUGCACAGCAGCACUUGCUGCUGCUCAGCAAUCGGGAUGGCAGUGUGGUGGCGGAGGUACGCUCGCUGGUGAGCAGCUGGGCUGAGAAGGCAGCUCGCUUGGACAGAGCCUGCCUUCAGGCUGAGGCCAGUACGGCGGCCAGACUUCAACAGGCUCAUUUCGGCCUCCAACGCUGGGUCACGCGUACUACAAUCAUAAUACAAGAUGGAGAAAAUGGAUUUGGUUUCCCAGAGAUGAAUUUGAUGGAAGAGCUUCAGGUUGACUUACAACGCUGGGCUGAGAGCCUGGCGGAAGAUCUGGAGCGCUUUGGUGGAGUUGAAAUGCUGGAGCUCACGAAGGAGCUCGCCUCUCUGGGGUCCAUGUCAGCUCGGCUCACAGCGCUCUCUCAAACUCUCCAUCACGAGCAUUGCCAUGGCCAUGUUACUGCUCUUCAAAUUGAUUACAAGGGGGAAGAGCAUCAGGCUGCAAACGAGGAUCUGCAGAAAAGAGAAGUGAGCGAUUUUAACGGUUGUCAGUGCCACACUGAUGAGGAACAAAGCAUUUGUGAUGGCGAUGGCAGUGUAGUAGCGGAGGCUGGAGAGGGGUGGGAGCGUGUGGCUGGGAGGUUGGAGCGAAGCAUGCAGUUCUUGCAUGCCAGGGUGACCGGCGAUAAUGGACUGGCAGACGCACUUAAGGAUCUGUGCCGAGCAUUUGAAACCUGGUCUGAAAAGCUGGUCCUGACCUCCUCGUAUGCACACGCCAUGCCAGCUUCUGAUUGGUUGCAGCUCGUUAAGUCCCUCUCAGAUUGGUCAGUUGUUGUGAUCAAGGCCCUGGUGUUGGUUGAGAACGUACCGUCUGAAGAAAAGAGCGAGAGUGGAGCGAUGGAUGCCGUGGUGGGUGCACUACAGGGCUGGGCGGGGCGUUUGUCGAUGGCAGUGGAUCGAGAAGCGUCCAGGCUGGCAGAGCAGUUGGGUAUGGUGCGGGAGGACAUUUCGUCGUGGCUGGUGAGGGCUGUGCUCCACCUCGCCUCCCCAUCAUCACCAUCACAACGAGGGGAAGGGGACGGCGAGGGUGAACGUGGCAAGGCCAUGCUGAAGAAGGCGUCGUCUCUCGGCGGAACGAUGUCGCACAUCACUCGACACAUUGCCAGAUGCUGUGAGGCUGUGGCGGCGUCAAGUGGAGGCAGCAGAGAGGGCAUGGCGCUGCGAGACCUGGAGGUGGAAUAUUCUGAAUGGAUGGAAGUUAGUCAACUGUUGCUGCUUGAACUAUCGUCUCAUCAAAUCCCUCCAGCGGACACUGCCGAGACUGAAGACAAAUGUUCAGAUGCUACGGAGAAGAGUGGCCCCACCGUGCAGGUGAUCGGACACGACGCCAACGUGGAGGCCAGAUCCCUGAGCAAAGAGAUGUCCGCACUCGCAUUGGGUCAACAACUUCAGACAUAUAAUGCGAUGGCUACAAUCAAGCAGCUACAAGCACAGAUAUUGAGCACGGAGGCGCGGGCGCAGAGCGCGGAGGAGUGCGUGGCUCAACUGCAAGAGCAGCUGCGCACAGCUGACGACAGGGGGGAGAGAGACGCGAGCAAGGACGGGCUGGGACAGAGCGAGGAGCAGGGAGAAGGUGGAGGAGGACGAGGGAGGGCGGUUUCUCAUGUGGAGGAAGUCGCUUCCACCGGUACAGCUGCCGGCGGUGACGGAAAAACGUUGGGAAUCCCUGAGCAAAGACACGACCUCUUGGGAAAGCCACGCUCUGCCGAGAAGCUGAGUAGACCCAGCAAGUCCCCUCGCGGUGGCAAGAAACAAUAAACUAAAAAACGUAAUUUAUAUUUUACCAGGUUAAAUCCCACUGAGCUGUUAGUUAUUGUUCAGGUGACCUGGCUACACUUGAUAGCUCAUCGAAGUGGCUUGUCAUAUGUGGGAAGUUAUAGUAGCAGACAAAAUAAUCUGAAUGCGCUUUUCUAAAUGUGGAGGGGAGAAAACCGGAGGACCCAAAGAAAAAUCCACACGGCCACUGGGGGAGAGAGAACAAACCAACUCCAAAUAUAAAACAGGCGUCGUCAGGGUCCGGAAUCGAACCCACGUCCUCCUGAGCACCAGGUGAGGGAUAAAAUUAGCAGCGUUUAUACGAAGGCGGCUAUGCGCAAAACAGCAACGUGCUUAGUAGGGAAGUGAGUCCAGGAAUUAAUUAAAUUUCUGAGAGGAUGCAGAGUGGAUGCCGCCACCACUCUCAGACGACAGCUGAUCAGAAGCUUUCACAUGUGCUAGAGCAGUGGGUCGCCCCUCGUUAGGUUCUCCCAUGCUGAGCGACACACAAGCCGAUCUGUAAUCUUCAUCUUUGCUGGUAAAAGUCAAAAGUUAAAGUGAUUUUAUGCUCAAAUGAGCACCGAGGCUUUGGUGUUUAUGUCGUGUUUACAGCCCUGAGCCAGUGGUGGAAAUUCAUCAUCCACGAAGUGGGAACAAUUUUACUGACCCUGGAGGGAUGAUUGGCUGAGUCAACCCCCAAACCAGGAUUUUAACUCGCAACCUUCUGAUUGUGCGCGGUUCGCUCGACCGCUGACCCACCUGGCGAAUGGUACGAUUUUGGUGGUGUACCAUUGCUGAGAAAGGGACUGUGUGGUGGAUUAAAACUCAUCAAUACACAUUCAUAAAUAACAGUACCUUAUAGGGGAAUAUAUCUCACACGUGAACGUUUGGGCAACGGUCCGUCUUCGUAGCAGAGAUCAAGGGCCAUUGCCCCAAAUGUCACCUAUUGUUUUCCUCUUCAGGACCACAUGUUGUGUUUUUGCUAUUUGUGCUUGUGCACCACUGCCAACGUGGUGAGCACAUUUUCGUUGUUUAACGCUGGGAUGGAUCGAGCGGUGGUAGCUGGAACUGCGGGAUGGCGAAUGGAGAUCCCUAGAGAAGCAAGUUGAACGUUACCUGUGUUGUAUGCUGCCGUGACGAUGUGUAAUUAGUUGUGAAACGUAUUAUGCUAAGCGAAUUAAAGUUUCCGUGUUGCUGUGGAGGCUUUUGGGCUGCAAGAGAUGACCAGCACUUGACGGCUUCUGCAAGUCAUUGACUCUUACAGCACUCCUAUCCUUAACGGUGUGGCGUUCAUCCUGUCGAUACCUUGUAAUUUUGAUGCCCUUAAUAACGCAAUAUUGGAACACAAAUGUUACAUGGCUUGGCUUUGGAUCUUCUGUAAAUGCCUUGGAUAUAAAUACCCCGAUUUACAUCUCUCCCUUUUAUGUCAGUUUGUCGUUUCACAAAUAUGUCGUCACUUUAUUAAUACCACGACCUAAUUUGUAUCGCCUCAUCCCACACUUAUGUCGCUGACAGCGUCAUCCGUCCUUUCUCGUAUCGUCACACCUUUGAGGAAUCCAUGCCCGACGUAUUACGGUGUCACAGACAUCAUCCUGUAGGAAAGUAAAUAGACGAGGGUGAGUUGCAGUAGCGUGGUCGCCGCUGUCCCGAGUCUCAAGAAGAUACAGUGGGGAGAUGUUCCACCACAUAUUGGUGGGUGGGCCAUGUUUGCCAAGGCACCAAAUCUCAUUUUAUGCGGUAAAAAGCUGAAAGCGAUACAUUUCCUUUCCCGUUCAAAUGAGCAUUGAGGCAUCAUUGCUCAUCUCCUGUUCACAGCCCUGCAGAGCCAGCGUUGUAAGUUACACGUUCCAUUUCACCGAGUAGCUAAGGGGUAUUUGAAAUUUAUAACAAAUUAAGGGAUGACAUGUCUACGAACAGAAAAUGAAAACACGUGGCGGUGUAAAAAAAAUCAUUGUACAGUAAUUUUAUGUGCAAGAUUCAUAUAUGCGUACAACGGUUCAUAAGUAGGCUUUACAAACUGUGGUGGUUAGUAUAUAAAGGGAAUCAUUUAUCCACAGAUGUGCACUAGAAAUUAAAGUGUCGGCAAAGUAUGCCUGUUAAAACACUUCCCAAUGUCGGCAUACAACAUUAACUUCUGGGAUACGUCAUAUUUCUGUUUCUUGAAUGGCCUUUACAGCAUAGCAUCAACAAUACUACUACGUCACUUUACCGAAAGAACCAAAGAGUAAUUCCUGCAAUCAAGAAAGCUUCGAAUCUAGUUUGAACCACCUCAACGGGGAGGAUUUGCCGUUUUUGUUUCACACUUAACUUCCAAUUUAGCAAUCUUUGGAAGAACGUAAUCAACCAGGCUAUUAUUUAACUGCGUGUUAACCGACUCUCUGGGUUGCAUUGCAUGACACUUACUAAUUUUAAUAAACUUGCUUUUUCCGUA